AUGCCUUCAAAUCCCAAAGACCGGGCUGUCACAUCAUUGGAGCAGUUAGCCCUGUCAGACCAAGAUGUUGAGCUUCUUCACGAGAUCGUAACACGCGCCGAACAACAUCCGGACGCAGAUAUUCUUCCGUUUCGCGUUAUUUUUUCAGCAUAUGAUGCUGUCCUGGCUGAACAUGGCAUCCCCGUAGAAAGCGAUCAAACAUACCUCCCUUUCCUGUUCCAACUCGGGGCUGAACGAAAUGGCAGCCUCUCCGAACGUUUCGAGUCUCUUCUAGCUUCACUGGGCAUUCGACUGGAAUAUGGCGAGGAUACAGAAGUACAUGAGCUCCUACCAAAUGGUAUUGCGUCGAAUACGAGAGAAGACAGCGUACAUGUUCUACAUCAGAGGCCAAAUGGAGUUCAGCCGCGAAAAACUGAAGACCGGCGGCGUGCCUCUUUUGAUUCGGUAUACGAUGCAACGCAGGACCUUGCACAGCGCUUUACCAAUAGGCCUAGCUCAAGGUCAUCCCUAUCCAGACUCGAGAAUGGGACGGUCAGGUCUCUAGACUUUGAUGCUGAAAUUAAAAAAUUCUAUCCUUACAAAUCGGACCACUCUCCCCAACAUCAUAGAUCAAAAGAUGCUGCAGGUUGCCAUACCAACGGUCCAGCUUCUCAGGCUUCGGGUGAUGAUACAAACUCUUUCUCCCUUCCGCGGAGUUCACGACACUCUGAUACCCAGGAAUCUGCUGCUGACUAUAAAAGUAACCCGGACAGUGCCUUAGAGCCCCAGCAUAGUGAAAAAGCACUUUCGAGUGCUUCAGAUGAUACACCCGAUCCUCCUCAAGUACCCGCUGAGCUGUUCUAUCAACCCUCAAACACGCAACGGCUAAGAGAUGCCUCGGUUUUUGAUAUGUACCGACAAAGAAAUUCUCUACGGCUGAUGCUGUCAAGCUGGUCUGACAUGGCGAAGCAAAAACGUGAAUUAGUACAGGCGAUGGAACAGAGGGCCAUCUAUUAUGAUAGUAGAGCACUGGUUGUCCAGGUUCUAGAGUUGUGGAAAGCUGCCCUGCGAGACAAACGUCAAGCCGCUGAGGCCGAGAGAUUAGCCGCACAAACUGAGAAUUUUUUUAACAACCUGGAGGAGCGGGCUGCGCGUGCCCGAGAUCUAUACCUGCUUACAAAAGCCUUUACUCACUGGUCGCAGAUUGCCUCCGACGAGGUUCAUAGAACUGAGGCUGCUCGACGCCACCUCAUCUGUAUCAAAUACUUCAACGCGUGGCGUGAAAUUACAGCAGUGAAUGAACUUAAAGCUCAACGUUUUAUACUAAAAAGGCCAUUCAAAAUAUGGCAUUCUCAACAUCGCCGCAUAGUCCCCCUCGAUUCUGAAGCAGACGAGUUUCGCCGGCGACGCCUAAAGAAGAAUGCGUACUCGCAUUGGUUCUGGUCUUUCUGUGACAAGCUAGCUCCCCGGUGGAACAAGGAACGCUUGAAGCAGCGAUCAUUCAUCGCUUGGCUCCGUGCCCUUCGAACCCAAAGGGAACGAGACCUUGCAAUCGACUCUAAUCGCACCGGUAACUCUCUAAAAGCAACUUUCCAAGCUCUGGUGCAGAAAUAUCGUGCAGUUUCCUCAGCUGAAUGCAGUGCGGAUAGCCAGUGGAAAUCCCGCCUCACAUCAUACUACCUGACAGAAUGGUCCGUCAAACAGAAAUAUCAACGGCCCUUUGAAAUGGUGACCUGCCUAGUCAAUACUAAGCUUGUGCGCUCAUGUUUGAAUGACUGGUCUCGACAGACACGCAUGGAGAGACGCGCGCGGGACGCGGACAAACUUCGUGUUAUGGGUAACUGCUGGACAGCCUGGAAUGACCACCUUCGCUGUCAGGCUUUGUCGUCGCGAACUGAGGAACGGCUUGUUUUGCAGGCAUUAUACAAAUGGAUUCUUAUGGGUAGGCUGCGCCUGUUGGAUCGAAUACAUCAACAGCGGCUCAAGGCUAGUUAUCUCAAAAAACUAAUGGAAAAUUCACGGAGUUUGUACAACGAGCUUCUUAUCAAGGAAGCGAGAUUCCGUACCGAUAGAAAACGAAAACUAGUCCAAGCUAUCUUUAGCUACUGGAAACAGCGACUUGAUAUUCAAAAGCAACGCGAACUGGUAAGCCGAGCAUUCUAUGCACCUCCAGUUCAACAAGAAGUACUUCAGAACUGGAAAGCGCGCAGCGAACAUUUGAAGACUCUCGAUACUUGGGCAAAGAAAUCAGAGUAUUUCUUCUUGACAACGAAAACGUUGAAGCAAUGGCGUAGCGCAACAGCAGAAUCUUCCAAGAGACGAAGGCUAGAAGCAUACGCAACCAUUAGGCGCAAAGUGAAAAUGAAUCUCGCCUCUGCAGUCAUCUCCGCCUGGCGAUCCCGUUGCGCUACUGUGCGUGACAUACACCAGCAAUCGACUGAGAUAUACGGAGCGAAGCUGAUUGCGGCCGGGACUAACAUGUUCCAUCUCUGGUCAGAAAAGGCGACGCAUCGUUCGCAAAACCUUGCCGAUGCUCAACUAUACUAUAACCGACAGCUAGUCUACAACAACCUAACCCAUUGGGCAGGUAUGCAAAGGUCUUACAAAAUGCUUGAUGAGAAAGCGACCCGGUUUCUAGAAAUCCACAUUUCUGGCGUCGCUCUUGCACAAAUUCGGAAGCUAAGUCUCCGUAUUUUCGAAGUGAAAACGCGGCUAGAAACCGCUGAUGCUUUGUAUGACCGAAACACUCGAAAGCACUACCGGAAUAUGAUCCAUCAUUGGCGCGAGAAGGCUCGGAUCUCGAAGGAAACCAACUUUGACUCGUUCCCAAUUGUUACUCCAUCAAAGGGCGGCCAUGACAUUCAAUUUGACGACCCGAAUGAAUGGCAAACAAUGGGCCAAGGUAGAGAAGAGCCACCGAUACGGCAGCCGGUUUUUAUAUCCCAUACUCCUAUAUCGACACCAGGAUAUCUGAACAGUCCUUCAAAGCGGGCUGCAAGAGCCAAAGCAUUGGUCCAGAUGUCUACAACGCCAGCAACACCGUUACCAACUUCAUUUCCUAGUAAACUGUGGGCCGCAAGCGAGCCCAGAUUACAACCUAUAUAUUCAAGCAGGCGAAGUGCAUUCAAGCGUGGCGCGGCAAGCACUAAUGUCCGAUUUGCAAUUGAUGAGGAACCAGAAUCUCCAACUGAAGGCAGAUCGACUAUGAGGGAAUUAACAUGA